AUGGAAAGCAAAAUGACCAAUUCAGUCCGUAUUCGUCCUAUUACAAAAAAAGAUGUUCCAACUGUUAUUCAGUUCAUCAUUGAACUCGCAGAUUUUGAAGAAGCCAGAGAUCAAGUAGAAGCUACAGAAGAGAGUCUUUCGAAUGCGUUUGGGUUCACUGAGAAUUCAAAGCCUACAGCUUACUGUCUUUUCGUUGAGGAGAAUGAAAAGCCUGUGGGAAUGGCAAUUUAUUUUCUGAACUUUAGUACUUGGACUGGCCGAGUUGGCAUAUACCUGGAGGAUUUGUAUAUUCAACCAACGCAUCGUGGUAAAGGUUAUGGCAGCUUCUUACUCUCUUAUUUGGCACGCGAGUCGUUGCAAAUUGGAGGAAAACGAUUAGAUUGGGUUGUGCUUGAUUGGAAUCAGAAGGCUAUUGAUGUAUAUGAAAAAGCUGGAGCAAAAAAGGUUGUUGGGUGGAGCAUGAUGCGCGUUACAGGUGAUAAGUUGAAGAAUUUAGCCGACAAAUUGCCAGAUAAUCUUUAG